AUGGAAGAGGCCGAGGUAUUCGAUGCUGGUUUUUCAUGGUCGAGCUUUACAUGGUGCAAUAAUCGGAGGGGACGGGCUAGGAUUUGGAAGAGGCUAGAUAGAUGCCUAAUUAACGGAGAGUGCGCAGAUUUGUCCUCGAUGAUUUCUGUUGUACAUUUAGCGAGACAUCCGUCUGAUCAUGCUCCAAUGAAACUUUCUUUUGCUUCAAGGAUGGAUAAUGGGCCGCGACUUUUUAGGUUCUUGAAUAUAUGGGCGUCCAAUCCAGAUUUCUUAGACGUCAUUUGGGCUACCUGGGACCAAGUGGUACAUGGAUCAUCUCUACGAGUUUUGUGCGCUAAGUUGUUGAGAACCCGGACGAUGAUUCAGCAAUGGAAUAAGCAACACUUUGGCAACAUUUUUAAUGUCGUCAGAGAGAUGGAGGCCGAGCUUCUGAGAUUAGAGGACGGCAUAUCAAACUCUGAGUCUGAGGAGGACCACGAUGAGCUUCACAGGGCACGGGCGGAACUUAAUAGGGCACUGGCAGUUGAAGAACAAUUUUGGAGACAGAAAGCCAGGGUUAAAUGGCUUAGUAGUGGGGAUCGCAAUACAAGGUACUUUCAUGCGGUUGUCAAGCAAAGAAGAGUACAAGCAGCGAAACAUAGGUGA